AAGAAAGAAAGCCAUCAAUGGAGCUCUGAUACCACGACUCACCAUGGCAACGGGUAAAUAAACACCAAAGCCUCCAUUUGAAUCCAGUGGAUCGACUUUCGUACGUCAGUGGUUUUGGCAGCGGUGGGUCAUCAGGAGGCAGAGCAUCGUUUCCACAAGCUGCUCACAUGUCUGUCUCACCCACCUUUAUAUACCUGUGUCCGAGCAAGCAUCCACCUCGCUCCCCUGGAGGAGAUCAAGCAGCAGCUGGGAGAAGAGCUGAGGAAGGUGAGUGUCUUGUAGCAGAGUGAAGAGGUAGUAAGGGAGUCCAUAUUAUGUGCUGCAAUAUUUGGUUGCAGCAUAUUGGAGUCAUGGUAACUCAGUUUGCCGUUGUUGUUGAAGCAGCAGAUGUGCAGCUUGUCUGCAGAGGAUGUCUCUGUCCAGAUUCUUCCACACCCACGAAUUACAGAUGUGCUGCUUCUUCCUGUUGACGGCCCGAGGCCUGUGAAGCAGCUCAGCUCAGAGGUGGUGGUGGGUGCUCAGUGUGGCAGCGCUGUACUGAGAGGUGCUCACGUCUUUGCCCCAGGGAUCCUUGCCAGCCCCAAAUACAUGAAGGCGGGGGAUGUAGUGUCUGUCUUCUCUGACUUGGAGGGCCGGUGCACUCGAGGAGCCACGGGCUUCCAGGGGAAGAAGGUGUUUGUGGGUAAUGGAGUUGCUGAAAUGGAUCGCUCCACUAUCUUCUGCACAAAUGAGCCUGUCAGAGGUAUUGGUGUCCGAAUGGUGGAGCCACUUUACAGAAGUCCUUCCUUUGAUGGUGUUCUGCCUAGCCUAGUGUUCCUGCAGAACCUCCCCUCUGUGGUUGUGGGACACGUGCUUGGGCCUCUCCCCGGAGAGCGGAUCCUGGAUAUGUGUGCUGCACCUGGAGGGAAGACCUGCCACAUUGCUGCACUCAUGGGGGAUCAGGGAGAGGUCAUAGCCUUGGACAGGAUCCGAAAUAAGAUCGACCGUAUUUGUCAAAAUGCACAAAUGUUGCAUUUGCAAAGCGUGAAAGCUUACUGCUUUAACAGCACUCAGGCUGUGAGCAGUGACCCAGCACAGGAAACUGAAGGACCUCCCUUCGCUCCUGAGAGCUUUGACCGGGUUCUUCUUGAUGCUCCCUGCAGCGGCCUCGGACAGAGACCCAACAUGGCCAACAGCUGGAGCCUCAAAGAGAUCUGUUCCUACCAGCCACUGCAGCGCAAGUUAUUUCAUGCUGCAGUGCGGCUGCUGAAGAAAGGCGGGGUAUUGGUGUACAGCACCUGCACAGUGACUCUAGCAGAGAAUGAGGAGCAGGUAGCUUGGGCCCUUGAUACCUUCCCCUGCAUUUCACUUGAGCCACAGGAGCCUCAUAUCGGUGCUGAAGGUAUGCCCGGAGCCGGCCUGCCACCUGAGCAUCUGCGCCUCCUCCAGAGGUUCAGUCCCGAGCUGAGCUGGGAACAGACAGAAACUACAACCCCGUUCUGCCGCGGAGCCGACAGCGACACUAUCGGCUUCUUUAUCGCCAAGUUCCUGAAAAACUAACCUGAGGGCUUCUUUUGUUUCACAUGAGACAGCAAAAUGGAAACAAUAGUGUUUAUAUUACAACACUCUGUGUGCUUUGACAGGCCAGUGUUGACAGAGAGCUCCCUGCGCUGUUUACAGCAUCUGCCUCUUAACAGCUGCUCUCUAAAACCAUGGGCCAUAUAGGGAUAAGCUUUAUAAACA